AUGUAUUUACUGUCUCUCUUCCUCGCCUACUCUACUCUCGCCUCAGCAACAACAUACUUCCUCACCGUCUUUGCCCCGGACACCGAGGUCGACGGCGCACUGCUAAAUGCUGCUGCUCAGGGCUUCUACACCGGUAUCUCAGGACCCGAAACCUACUGCCCUAAGGGCAUUUCGUGUCCUGAUGUACAAGGAUCUCUUGUAUAUGAUGGCCUAACUGGGAUGGCUGUCGAAGUCCCCGGCGGCCAAGCCAUCUACGUCGCGCCCUCGGGCCAGAUAGAAUACACACAGGCCCACUCGGCAUACGAGCCAGCAGGUUCUCUGACAGGGGGUUGGUUCAACAAGACAGUCUUGUCGGACUGCGAUCCCGCUCGCGAUGUGCUCGACUUCCUGCCCGUCGACGGGUCUAGCACCGGCGGUAUUAAGCUAUGUCCCCAAAUCGAGGAAUAUAUGGCCGGCACAGGUGCUAGCUACCGCUUAUACGCUGGGACAGCCGGCUUCAAUCUGUCUGGCUGCGUUGAUGCCGUUGGUCUCAACUUGCACGGCGUUGCGGCCGAUUACGGGUGUUGGCAGUACGCCUAACUCGAAUCUGAGAGGCGUUAUCAUCCCAGCAUUAUGCUUGUUAUUCUGGACAACGACAUGUUUGGGGAAGGAAAAGCUAAUAACUACACUAGCUUGGAACUGUAUAGAUUUAUUUCUCGAGCUUCUGGAUGCAGAUACUAUUGCGAGAUUUUGCCUGGAGUAGGUUAUUACAUGUCCUCUUUAUGGAUUCAUAGCUUGGGACGACUUGGUACGAUACUGUAGUGGUAUGAAGAAAUGAUUUGGAACGGGAGUCAUGGAAACACGGGCGCUGUUUUAGUUUUUUACCUGUUAUAUAUCGACAACUUGGUCGUUCCAGCUUAGGUAUACAGCGAGCAGAUGAAUGCAUAUCAGUCCGAGCCUAUUAUAUUACAAGACCACCACCACUCAAUCUAGUAAAACCUCAACAUCGAACUCCUGAUCUGUCCUCAGCU